AUGCCAUUCGCGAGACUUGUGGGAAAAGUUAAAGAAUUGAAUAAGCGCUCAAAACAACGUCAUCAUGGGCAUAAAUCGUCGUUGUUUCUGCGGAACGAGGAGAUCGCCCAGAUUCAGGAGGAAACUGGCUUCACCCCCAACCAAAUUGAGCGGCUGUACUCGCGCUUUACGUCGCUGGACCGGAACGAUUGCGGAACGCUUUCGGAGGAUCUGAUGCGCAUCCCCGAGCUGGCCAUUAAUCCGCUAUGCGAGCGGAUUGUGCACUCCUUUUUCGCUGAGAGCAACGAUGACCGAGUAAACUUUAGGCAGUUCAUGAACGUGCUCGCCCACUUCCGACCGCUAAGGGACAACAAGCAGAGCAAGCUGAAUAGUCGGGAGGAGAAGCUGAAGUUUGCGUUUAAAAUGUACGACCUGGAUGACGAUGGUGUGAUCAGCCGCGAUGAGCUCCUGUCCAUCUUGCACAUGAUGGUGGGGGCGAACAUUAGCCAGGAUCAGUUGGUGAGCAUUGCGGAGAGGACGAUUCUGGAAGCGGACUUGUGCUGCCAGGGAAAGAUCUCGUUUGAGGACUUCUGCAAGGCGCUGGACCGCACCGAUGUGGAUCAGAAAAUGUCUAUUCGGUUUCUCAACUGAGUUGGGUUUCCGGAGUCACGGGGAAGGAGCGAGUUUUUUAGUCAGUGUGUACCAAAUAGUUUAGGUCGAGAGUCAGUAGUGAGGCAUUCCGGUGUGUAACUGAAACCUCUAUUUUGUUUUGGAGCACUCUAUAUCUCUAGGUGCUCAUAAAGCGUAAUAAUGAAUAAGUGAAUUUCAAAAGUUUACAAUUAAAAACACAAUUUAAAACGUCACAAAGUGUAAAAAAUAAA